AAUCAAUAGGUAAUCUAUUUAAAAAUGCCUAUUUUUGUAUUUUUGUCGUUCAGUAACAAUCUGUAAAAGUUGUGAUAAUUGGAAUGUUAAAAUAAGGUUUGCUUCUAUCAUUAUUCUGUGUUUCCUGGCAAUAGCUCUCAACUAUCUACUUAAAUUUUACAAAAAAUUUUCCCUCCAAAUUUCUACCCCUUUCGUUUUUGGACUCCCCUAAAUUCCCCCCCAAUAUGCUUCCCAUCGACCCCAACAACGAGGUGGCCUAUUCGUUCGUGGUCUUCGGGGCCUCGGGGGCUCUGGCCAAGCAGAAGGUGUUCCCAGCCCUGUGGGCCCUCUACCGGGAGAACCGGCUGCCGCAGGGCACCAGGAUAUUCACCUUCUGCCGCACACAUCUGCAGACGAAGACCUACCGGCUGCAGGUGCUGCCCUACAUGGAGCUGGAGAAGAGCCGGGACCCGCCGAAGUACAACCGCUUCUGGGCGAGCGUGCAGUGCGUGCAGGGCGAGUACGACAAGCCGGAGCACUACGUGGCGCUCGCCGAGGCGAUGGCCCACCAGGAGGCGAAGCACAACCAGGUGCAGGCGAACCGCAUAUUCUACCUGGCCCUGCCGCCGGCCGCCUUCGACCAGGUGACCCUCAACGCCAGCCGGAAGUGCGCCUCCCCAACGGGAUGGUCGCGGGUGGUGGUGGAGAAGCCGUUCGCGCGGGACGACGUCUCCUACCGCGUCUUGCAGACCUCGCUGUGCAACUGCUUCCGGGAGUCGCAGAUCUACCUGAUGGACCACCUCCUCAGCCGCCAGGUGAUGCAGAACUUCUUCGCGCUGCGCUUCUCGAACCACCUGUGGAGCGAGACCCUGAACAACCGCCACGUGGCGGCGGUGAUGAUCUCGGUGAAGUGCGAGCUGCCGGUGGGGGCCUACCGGUCGGACUACUUCAACUCCUUCGGCAUUAUCCGCGACCUGAUGACCAACCACAUGGUCCAGGUGUUGGCCAUGCUGGCCAUGGACCAGCCGUACACGAACUCCGCCGAAGACUUGCGCGCGGAGCGGCUGAAUGUCCUCCGCCAGGUGCUCACCCCCAGCAUGGCCGACGUGGUUCUGGGCCAGUACCGCAACAACAAGCGCGAGACGGACCCGGCCAAGUGCGGCUACACGGAGCACAGCUUCAUCCCGAAGGACUCCUUCACGCCCACCUUCGCCAUGGUGGUGCUGCGCCUCAACAACCGCCGCUGGAACGGAGUGCCCUUCAUCCUGCGGGCAGGAAAGGCGCUCAACGAUACCAAGUCCGAGGUGCGCAUCCAGUACAAGCCGGCCGACUGCGACUCCUUCCACAGCGACAGCGCGGACGCGCGGAACGAGCUGGUCCUGCGCUCCCAUCCCACCGAAGAGGUCUUCAUGCGCAUGCGCCUCAAGCGGCACGGCGAGGAUCUCUGCCUGCGCGAGAGUGAGGUGUCCUUGCGGGUGGACGACCGGGGGCCGAAGGGCCUCUCCGGCUACCCCGGCUUCCUGCUGAACGUCUUCCACGGCGACCAGACCCUCUUCAUGCGCACCGACGAGCAGUGCGAGAUCUGGCGCAUCUUCUCCCCGAUCCUCAGCUCGAUCGAGCUGGACCGCCCCCGCCCGCUGACCUACGACUUCGGCUCCCGCGGACCGCAGCAGGCCUACCGCCACGCUGAGCGCGUCGGGUUCGUGUUCUUCGCCUCCGACGAGUGGCACCAGAGCACGGAGACCCUGGAGUACACGCUGAAGAGAAGCCGGCAGCUUAUUGGUCCCCACACCGCCCUCAAGCCGGUCAGGGAAGUCCGCUCCAAGCGGUUUACCGAGCUCUCCAAGUCCUAGGUGGGCGGCAGGCUAAUAAAUUUAAGCACGAGAGUUAUCCCUCCUCCUUACGCUGAACGCUCGAGUUCCUUCCCCAUCUCUCUGCCACAUCCCGUCAUGCUCGAUUCUAUUCUGUGGUGCAGGGGUUCUGGUGAGGAUUUAACCCCUGGAGGGUAUAAGCAGCACGCAUGCCUUGGUCAUUGUCCAGUGGAUAGAAAACAGGGGCUAUGGGAUUACUAAACUCAUUGUGUAUAUUGUGCAUCAUUUUGUCAAGCCUAAUAAAUUCUUAAAAUCAAUCGCUUUUAUAAUACUA